AGCUCAGUUACCGGUAGAGUCUUGAACGGAGCAGUCGUAGUCGUCAUCGUCGUCGCUCGAUGUGAUCGUCGUCAAAAACGCAAACGUAUAGUCAAAACUCGUUUCUUGUUUGUCAUCGGUUGUUGGUGAAGCAAUUGCAAUUGGCGCCUGGUGUAGUGCGUUUAUUAAGUCCGUGUGUUAUCGUGCGGUGGUAUGUACAUUUUUAUCGUCGGGCGUACUUGAAGAUAUUGUUUUUGGAUCGAAGAUUCGAUGAACUUUACCCCCGACGACCGGUAGGUAAGUGUGAAUACCUAAUCGGAAAUACCAAAGGUGCGGACUUUGUAUUUUUGCGUUGAUCUGUGAUAUCUUAUCGGCGUUCAGUUCAGUUGCGCCACAUUUGAGUAGAACAAAAGAAUCCACGGAGCUUUGUCGUCAUUUCGGUGUUGAUCGGCGUUGUGAAUUUCCACACCCCGGAAUCUGCAAGUGUACGUAUUGAAGAUAUCCACCAUCAUCGCUGCUCGGUGCGACAUUAUGCAACCCUGAAUGAAGGACGUCGGUGCGAGCAUAGAACGUGGCGCUUGAAGUAUCAACAAGCUUCCUUCGUCGUCGUCACCAUCAGCUGUCGUCGUCACUGCGACUGACUGGCUCAGCGAUCUCUGGACUCGAGCCGAAGGGCGUUCUAUCGACGUGCGGAAUUCCUCGACCAAAGUAGCGCGGCGCGAGUGAUAUCACGUAUCGCAGCAAGUGAUCGUAAUCGUGCCCAAGCAGAACGAAGAAUCCGCACUUCGGUCGAGCGAGACGAUCCUCCACCAGAGUCAGUUAAUUGGUCGCAGGCUGUGAUAAACGUUACUUACUGUUGGUGUGUUCAAAUAAUAAUUAGAAAAUGGGUUCGGCACAGCGCAGCAAACUGAUAGGAGUUAUCGACGAAGGAACCAACAGCGCGCGCUUUGCGGUCUUCAAAUUACCCCAGUUCGAGGAGUUAUGCUCGCACGAGCUCAGCAUUACACAAAUCAUCCCGCACGAGGGCUGGUCGGAGCAAAACCCCACCGAGCUGCUGGAAGCGGUGCGGUUAUGUGCGGUCGAAGCCUGUUAUAAGUUGGAAACGCUCGGCUAUUUGGUCAGCGAUAUCGCUUCGAUUGGUAUUACCAACCAGCGCGAGACGACCGUUGCUUGGGACAAACAUACCGGCGAACCACUGUACAAUGCAAUCGUUUGGAAUGAUAUCCGAACAAAUUCCACUGUGGACAAAGUGCUGGCCCGCAUUCCAGAUCAGAACCACAACCACUUCCGACAGGUUUCAGGACUGCCGAUUUCUCCUUAUUUCUCCGCGCUGAAGCUUAGCUGGUUGAAGGAGAAUGUUCCUGCCGUGCGAAAGGCGUGCCGGGAGAAACGAUGCUACGCUGGCACCAUCGACACCUGGCUAAUUUGGAAUCUGACCGGAGGUCCCAACGGGGGUGCAUUCGUGACGGACGUCACCAAUGCUUCGCGGACACUUCUCAUGAACAUCGAAACGCUCUUCUGGGAUCCGAUGUUGAUCAAGACGUUCAACCUGCACGUGGACAUGCUACCGGAGAUUCGCAGUUCCUCGGAGAUCUACGGUCUCAUCAAGUACGACAGUAUUCUGGACGGUAUUCCGGUUAGUGCCAUCCUAGGGAACCAGCAGGCCAGCUUACUGGGGCAGCGCUGUAUUCGGGAGGGUCAGGCCAAGAACACCUAUCGCAAGGGUUGCUUCCUGCUGUACAAUACGGGAACUAGGUGCGUACAUUCCACACACGGUUUGGUGACGACGCUGGCGUACAAAAUGGGUCACGACAAGCCGGCGGUCUACGCAUUGGAAGGCUCGAUAGCAGUCGCCGGUGUGGCCAUGAAGUGGCUUCGGGAUAAUCUGGGAUUACUGAAAGACAUUCCAGUGGAUUCCGAGCGGAUUGCCGGCAGCGUGUUCUCAACUGGUGAUGUCUACUUUGUACCUGCUUUUACCGGACUGUUCGCGCCAUACUGGAGGAAGGACGCCCGAGGAAUCAUUUGCGGCUUGACCAGCUUCACCACCAAGCAUCACAUCAUCCGGGCCGCGUUGGAGGCGGUUUGCUUCCAGACACGUGACAUUAUUGAGGCAAUGAAAAAAGACUGUGGCAUCAAUCUGAACAAACUGCACGCGGACGGUAUCAUGACCAAUAACACACUGCUGAUGCAGCUUCAGGCCGAUCUGGUUGGGAUCCCAGUUUUGAAAACGGAAGUCAGCGAUCCUGCCACACUGGGUACGGCGAUGGCGGCGGCACAGGCCAAGGGAAUCGAUCUCUACAACAUGGAGUCCGACAGUCGUGACUAUGCCCAACAUAUCUCCCAUGAAACAUUCCUGCCCACGACGACGGAAGAGGAACGGAAUGCUCGGUACACCAAGUGGAAAAUGGCGGUCCAGCGCAGUUUGGGUUGGGCUGUCACCAAGAAGAGUGACGCCAUGACAGACGAACGCUACUCCCUGCUAGCAUCGAUUCCGGCCGGCCUGUUCCUGUUGAGUUCGUUCGUGAUGUUAAUAUUUUCGCAGACCAAACGAAGCUGAGGUGGUUGACUAGCCUCAGCGGGAACUCAAUCGCGUUGCAAGUUUUAUUCCAACAGUGCAAUAUACGAGCAACCGUUGAUGGACGGGGUCAGUUAGUUUUAGGGUAAGCCUAAAGUUACAAACAAUCUGACAAUUAAAACUCUGGGGGUGCUCAAGUUUCCAGUACGUUAGAUAGGUUAGAAAGCGUAUGAAUGAUUAGAACGAAUAGCGAACCAAAAACCAAAACCGGUGUGAUGCUUCCAUGCAGUGAACAGUAUAGAUGUAGGUAGGUAAUAUUAUGCGAGUGCACAACGCGAAUGGCUCUACCCAAGUGCAACUGUCAAAAAGUACCUUUCAAUAAUUUUACAAAGCUGUUGGCAAGCUAGCAUUUCAUUCCUUGUAGGUAACAAAUUGGAAAUAGUUCUUAAAAAAAGACACAAAUAGGAGAUUGUAACAGUCAAGUACUUAUACAAUAACGAAUUGAACAUUUGCUAGGAACAAAAGGAAAAAUUAGGAUGUGAUUUGUUUUUUACACAAACUGUUAGGGUUGAUUUAAUUGUUGGAAUGAUGAUGCGUUUGAUUGUGUUAGAUGCAGCUUUAAUCGAUUAAUUAAUUUGUUUGUCAAAUUAUGGACCCUAUUCCUAACAUAUAGAGAGUUCAAUUUUAUUGUUGCCAUAAGCAGGUAGAUUAUUUUACAGUAAUCAAUUAUAUUGUGAAUAGAAAGUAGUUUUACUUUUACCGAGUAGCAAUCCAACGAGAAACGACGAUUGUAAGACUUUUUUAUACAGUACUUAAUGCUACGUUACAAAAGAUUUUAUUAUACACAAUAUUUUGCCGAUGA